AAACUAAUAGAGGAGCACCAUGCGGAAGCUUUACAGUGUGAUAGCCUCGGAAAUACGGCCUUGCAUUACUGCGUUCGUCCUCGCUCGAAAAAAGGAAUGGGCCCGGUACAGCAGCAAAAACUUAUGAUAGAGUACUUGAUUGAACGCGGAGUGUCGGCUAGCAAACCGAAUAAAGCGGGAGAGUCUGCAAUGUGGCAAGCGGGGAAUUGUUGUCGUAACAUGAAGAACCUUUUUGAAUUCAUUCUUGAAGCGACGGAUAACUUUACUAAUGCUCAUUAA